CUGCGUGUGUGGCUCAGCCCUUCCCCUCCAGCGGGCGGGGGAGCUGCCGCGGCUUACGGAGGAGACGGCGGUGGUAGCGGCAGCAGUGGGUCGUGCCCAGCUGGGGACUCGCCCGGGGGAGGCAGGCAAGGAGGCUCCAUGCAGGCGGGCAGCCCUCAGAUUAUUGCAAACCGGAUGCCCUUUGUGGAUAAAAGAUGUAUCAUGGAAUGAACCUGAGCAGCGGGGAUCCAUUCUUAGAGCAGCAGCAGCAGCAGCAAUCCCCGUCUCCCCGGAGACUCUUCGUGGUGGUCUUGUGGCUUCAGCUGGCGCUGUGCUUCGGCCCUGCACAGAUCACGGGCGGAUUUGAUGACCUCCAUGCUUGUGUUGAUCCUGGAGUCCCUGAACAUGGCUACAAGACACCCAGUGCAGGUGUUUUCUUUGAAAGUGCUGUAGUCCGGCUUCACUGUCAAGAAGGAUACAGGCUUAAGGGUCCUUCGAAAAAGAUUUGUGUGAGACAUUUUAAUGGCUCCUUGAGCUGGAAACCAAGCGAUAAACCUGUGUGCCUACAAGAAGUCACAGAUUGCCUUGUUCCGCAUGUUGAAGAUGCAGAGGUUCAUAACAAGACAUACAGGACUGGAGAUAAGUUAAUAAUCAGUUGUCAUGAAGGAUUCCAGAUCCGUUACCCCGACUUAGACAACAUGGUUUCAAUAUGUCAAGAUGAUGGAAUGUGGGAUAAUCUGCCCAUUUGUCAAGGUUGCCUGAGGCCAUUGGUUCUUCCUCAUAGUUACAUUAACAUAUCUGAGUUCGAGUCCUCCUUCCCAGUAGGAACAGUGGUAUAUUAUCAGUGCUUUCCUGGAUAUAAACUAAAGGGGACAAAGUUCCUUGAGUGCAUGUAUAACCUUAUCUGGUCACAUAGCUCACCUAGGUGCCUUGAUGUGGAAGUUUGUCCACUACCUCCAAUGGUGAUUCAUGGAGAUUAUAUUUGCCAUCCGCGGCCUUGUGAGCGUUAUAACCAUGGAACUGUGGUUGAAUUCUAUUGUGAUCCUGGUUACACUCUUACCAAUGACUACAAAUACAUCACCUGCCAAAAAGGAGAAUGGUUUCCCUCAGCUCAAGUAUACUGUGUCAAAACAGAGCAAACCUGGCCAAAUACACAGGAAACCCUCCUGACUACAUGGAAAAUAGUGGCAUUUACUGCUACCAGCGUUCUACUGGUACUUCUGUUGGUUAUUCUAGCCAGGAUGUUCCAGACCAAAUUUAAGACGCAUUUCCUUCCAAGAGGUGCCCAGGAGAGUUCCACCAGCAACCCCGACUUCGUGGUAGUGGAUGGUGUUCCUGUCAUGCUGCCUUCCUAUGAUGAAGCUGUGAGCAGUGGUUUGAAUGCCUUGGCACCGGGAUACUCAUCUCCUGCAGGCCAGGGGCAUGUUUUGCAGACAGAUGAUCAGAACCCUCCAGCUUAUCCCGGCCCAGGAGACACAGACACAUUACCUGCUGAAUUUGAGAGCUGUGAUAGCAUAUCAGGCUCCUCCGAACUUCUCCAAAGUUUAUAUUCAUCCUCUGUGUGCCAAAUGGGCGUGCAUCCUAUUUCAGAUAGAACUGAGGUGAUCAAUAGCACCACUGGGGAGGCUGCAUCCACAAGCCCAAGUAUCGAUAUUGCAGAUGAAAUUCCAUUGAUGGAAGAAGACCCUUAACCAGCACAAAAUUUGUUCAUUAUAUGAUCGCACUAGGCAAAAAGAAUCAUGCACAUAUAUAUACAUACAGAUAGAGAGAUAAAAAGACUAUUUAAAGAUUGGAGGGAGGGAAUUUUUCCUAUUUUUUGAUCUUCCUUGUGAUGUCACCAGAUUGUGUGCACAUCUUAAUCAACUGUGUGGUUAGCAGCAUCAGCAAUUCAACAGCAGGUUUGUGAAAUGAAUCUUGGGGAUUUGAUGAGACCAUUUGUAAAAAAAAAAAACAAAAAAAACUGAAUUCUUGGAACUGAAAUUAACCUAUCUCUGCAUCGCAGGAAGUCGGAUGAUUCUGUAGAAACACUGUUGAAUUUUGAUACAAGUACUAACUGCCUCAUAAAAGCAUGUCAGAUUGUGUAGAUUUGCUUGUAAAGGCUGCCCUAUACUAUCUGUGGACCCUGGUUUAUGAAGGAUUAUUAUAAUUUUUUUUUAAAAAUCAGUGUUGAAAUCUGAAAAAAGAAAACAAACUCCUUUGAAUUUCCUGUAUUACCAGGUUUUUAAGAGGAAGCCAUUGUUUUAUUUCUUGCUAACAUCAUUUCAGACCUUGUCUGCAGAAAGCAUAACAGAAGAGAUGCAACUCGUAUAAAUUUUGACAUUAUGAUAAAAAUAAAUAUAUCUAUAUAUAUCUAUAUACAUACAUACAUACACUUUUUUAAAGAACAUUAAAAAGAAAGAAAGGGAAAGACAUGAUCUGGAUUUUUUUUAAGUAAAGUAGGAUUUAUAUAAUGUUCAAGGUAUCAAUAUUUGUAUUUAUCAGCACUUCUACAUUACAUUUGAUAAAUCCUGUUAUUUUAUGAAUGGAUUUAGAAAGUGUUAAAAUAACAAGGUCAUGAUGGAGAUGUUGAACUACUGUCUUGUUUCCCCAUUUCUUACACCAUCCCAUACAAAUCUACAUAGGUUAUUCUACGGCCCAAAGCACUACAGUGUCCCUACUGUAUGGGGAAGUACUCUGGGUCAUUACUGUACAAUACCAUAGUACUUUAAAAAAAAAAAAAGGGGGGGGGGGGAGGACAUUACAUGUAUUUCAGUGCUUUUCUGAGUCACCAGCUUGUAUCCAGUUGACCUUCAUAGAGCUGCUUCUUAGGCCAGGUCUACACUAACCCCCUAAUUCGAACUAAGGUACGCAACUUCAGCUACGCGAAUAACGUAGCUGAAGUUCGAAGUACCUUAGUUUGAACUUACCUCGGUCCACACGUGGCAGGCAGGCUCCCCCGUCGACUCCAUGGUACUCCUCUCGUCUAGCUGGAGUACCACAGUCGACGGCGAGCACUUCCGGGUUCGACUUAUCGCGUCCAGACAAGACGCAAUAAGUCGAACCCAGAAGUUCAAUCGCUCGCUGCCGAACUACCGGGUAAGUGUAGACCUACCCUUACUAACCAAGUGCUCUGCUACCAUGUUAGCUUCCAUGCAGGAACAUUUGAAAGGAAGUAAGGAAACGGAGUCAGCCUUAAAUGCACUCAUCAUGGGUACAAAUAGACAGAGUGGUAUUGUUUAAAGAAAAUGCACAGUGCUCAGAGUGCUGUUGAAAUUGGAUUUCUUCCUUUGCAAGAAUGGAACAGCAGGCUUCCUGAUCCACUUGUGGCUCCAUUUCUCUCUUUCUCCUCAUGUGGAGCUGGGGCACAAUCUAACCACUGCAAACAAAUCCUGUAUCUACAGUAUGUUCCUGGGGGGUUAUGUGAUACAUUAUUUGUAAGGAAUAUUCCUCCCUGCUUCAACAUGGUUAUUCAUUUGCCAAGCAAAUUUUCCAUCUUGUUUCUAGCAUUGCAUAAUUGAAAUAAGAACCUUAUGUUAAGUUUACAAUGGUUUAAACAGUAACUCACUGUUAUCUUGACUGAGACAGAUUGUCAUCUGUGCAGGCUGGUUGAAAGAAAGAAAGCAAUAUAGCAAUUAAUUCUAGUUUCAACUGCGUAGAACAAAUCAGGAGUAUUUCUGUUAUCAGUAGAGUCCCUCCAGAUUACACUGUUGUUUUCAUUCAUUUAUUUAUUUAUUUGUGUUGUGAGAGCAGCUAAAGACCCCAGACAUCAAUCAGGGCACUAUUGUGCCAGGCGCUGUACAAACAUAGGAGGAGAUGGUCCCUGCCCUGAAGCGCUUACAGUCUAAGUAUAUGAUGAGACAAUAGGUAGAUACAACAAACACGGAGAGGGAGCAGAGUGUAACAUUGAGACAAUGAUUGUUAUGAUCUCGGUUGCCCCAGUCUAACUGAGAUCAGAAUCUCUAAAGCAUGAUGUUGAAAGGUAAGAGGCAUACAGUAUCAUCUUUCAUUGUUGCUUAAAUGAGACCUGCAAAUUGCUUUGACAGUUCUCUCAGUUGUAUCAAUAUCUAUGAGAUUUCCCCCAUGCGCAGGCCAUGAGGACAUUCCCACAAUAUCCAGCUGUGCUUGUAUUGCCAAUUCCUGGUUCAGUUUGCCAUCCCAGCAUAUAUACUGUGUGGGUGAUGUGAUAUCAAGCAAGGAAGACCCUCUGGAGCACAGGGUUAAUUAAAUGAUUUCAUUUUAUAGUAUUGUUGCACAGAUUUUCAAAAUAUUCAACAUAUUACAUUUAUCCUAUAAAAUAUAGUGAAAUCUGUACUUGCUGCUAUCCAUAGUCCCCUGUGUUAACAGUUUGCAAAAUCUCAAUCCUUGUGAAAUUACUUACUUCCUUUAUGUUAACUCCUACUCUGGUAGCUGCCUGGUUAAUGUAUGUCUGUCUGUCUGCAGACUGACAUUGCUCUAUACAUUGUAUUGCAGUCAGCCUGCUGAGGUAGUCAGAAAGGGCAGCUGGUUCCAAACUUGGAAAUUUAUUUUUCAAAUGAAGAAUUUAGCUCAAAACACUUCCAAAGUAUCAGUAGAGAGAUGGUUUAUUGGACCUUUUUCUUUCUUUUUUUUUUUUUUUUUUUUUUUCUUUUUCUAGACCUGAAAAUGCAAUAGAAAACAUGUACACCUCUACCUCGAUAUAACGUGACCCGAUAUAACGCGGUAAAGCAGUGCUCCGGGCGGGUGGGGCUGUGCACUCCAGUGGAUCAAAGCAAGUUCGAUAUAACACGGUUUCACCUAUAAUACAGUAAGAUUUUUUGGCUCCCGAGGACAGCGUUAUAUCGAGGUAGAGGUAUAUGAGUGGUAUAUGCCCAUAGUCUUUUGGUCGUGGUGCUGUGCUGUAUUAAAUGUGACCGACAGAGGAAAAAAGAUUGAGUUUGUGCCCUGUUUAAUUCUUUUAUGAUAUGCAAGAUAGACUGAAAGGUUUUUCCAGAUGUUUUGUUGCUUUCUUAACAUUUUUUUCUGAUUGUUUACAUUGGAGUGGAAUUAUAAAGAGAGUUACAUGCAGCAGUGUUGAGCAUGUUUGAAAAUUCCUCCCUAGAAAUUCAGGUCUUAUGUUUUUU